CUUUUACUAAAGUUUUGUAAGAAGGGGAACUCUUCAUCAAAUGACUAACCGAUCGAACCAUUGUCCAAUAAUUACUUUAGUUUUGAAAUAGUCCCCCAGGGCCCAAGAAGGACUAACGUGAUAGCCGAAAUGAGAUUUCUCUGUCUUCACGGGCUUGGGACAAGCAACAGGGUGUUUCAGAUGCAAACAGCUGCAUUUCGAUAUGAAAUCGCUGACCAACACACCUAUGAGUUCGUACAGGGUGUAGUCCCUUGGGACCUGCCCCCAGAACUGAGCAAUCUGUCCGAUCCCUCGGAGCAGCACUACGCCUACUACGACAUCGCGUCACCGUUCAGCUUUGUGACAGCACUAGACCACCUGGAGGCAUAUAUUUUAGAAGAAGGCCCCUUCGACGGCGUGAUUGCCUAUUCCCAUGGAGCAGGAUUGGCGGCGAUGCUCCUUGUACGCGAAAAGUAUCUAAAACCUUCCGCACCUCCCUUAUUUAAAGUGGCGAUCUUCUUUUCUCCUGUGUCGGUAUACGAUCCAGUAGCCUACCAAGAGAGACAGGAGGUCCGCGUUCUUGAUGACGUUGGUGGUGGUCCUCCUGCGAUUGAUAUUCCUACUGUUGUUGUGUAUGGGGAGGGGGAUCCGAGGAUGGAGGAAUGUAAGGGUGUGAAAGCGAUUUGUAACUCGAAGUACUUGUGGGAGUAUGUGCAUGACGGUGGGCAUGAAGUUCCAGGGAUUGGGGUGAAGAAUGCAAUUCCUGAGACAGUCAAGGUCGCACGCAGAGGGAUCACGACUGCGUGUAUGUCCGAAGACUAGAAUUUGAUGGUUGUUUUUACGCACCACUUAAGUAACAUGUAGCAUAAUAACGAAGUGAAGCUGACAUCGAAAAUUGAUGUACCGUUAUG